UCAUAAUGUCACCAGUCUACUGAUUAUGGUGGACGUGGCCUAGGUGGUGAAUAUUUUUUGUUGUAUUAUGUUUUCAUAAUCGUCUUAAUAUAAUAAGGAAAUGUCCGAAGCGAUUGUGCCCAAGGGUCAGCCGACUCCUGGCGGCGAUCCUGAAAAGAAGGGGUGGUUGUUCAAGUGGACAAAUUACUUAAAAGGUUAUCAGCGAAGAUGGUUCGUGUUAUCGAAUGGAUUGUUAUCUUACUACAGAAAUCAAGCAGAGAUGGCGCACACAUGCCGAGGCACCAUCUCUCUGCUCGGCGCCCUGAUCCACACGGCGGACUCCUGCACAUUCGUGAUCAGCAAUGGCGGCACGCAGACCUUCCACAUCAGGGCGCACGACGAGGUGGAGCGGCAGAGCUGGGUCACCGCGCUGGAGCUGGCUAAAGCCAAGGCCAUAAGAGCACAAGAGUCGGACGAUGAUGAGUCGGACGGCGGGGCGGCGGUCUGCGCUGAAGGCGAGAGCGAAGACACGGGCGGCAUCGCGCGCGAACUAGCUGCCAGAUUCCACGACCUCCGCACGUGCUCUGAGCUGGUGGCGCGGCACGGUUCAGCCCUCCAACGGUCUCUAGUGGACCUGGAGAUACCACCUUCAGACACCACCAAGCAGGUGUCCGAGCGAGCCACGCUCUUCCGGAUAUCCUGUAACGCCAUGAUGAACGCAUGUUCAGAAUUCAUGAGCGCAGCGGCAGCUUCGAGCGCGCGAAUGUCACGCGCUCUACAACACGAGCGAGAUCAGAAAAUGCGGCUCCAAGAGGCGGUAGAGCAACUCGCCAGACAGCACGACAAUUUAGAGAAGGCCGUCAGUCACCGCACAGGGGGUAACGGCACAGGACAGGGAAAUGAAACAGAGGAUGAAGACCAUGAAUUCUUCGAUGCCAUGGAAGAUGGUGUCAGCUCCACGGACGACAAAGCACACAAUUCAUUUGUAAUGAAAGUACCUGUUAACAGAAAAAACAAAGUAAAAAGCGGAGAAAGCUCUGAUGACUCGGAGCCUGAGAUUGUAACAGAAACACAGCAGGUUUACUUCGUGGAGGAGCGACCCGAGAGCUCCAUGGGAGGCGUGGACGGCGCCGCACCCACCACCAAACCGCCCGCGGACUCCAAGAGCAUGGACGUCACAGUCUGGCCCCACGUGUCACAAGUGGUGUCGAUGGUGGACGGACACCCGCGGCGCACCCGCGUGCCCGACAAGCCCAACUACCCGCUCAGUCUCUGGUCCAUCAUGAAGAACUGCAUAGGCAAAGAAUUAUCAAAGAUCCCCAUCCCGGUGAACUUCAGCGAGCCGCUGUCGAUGCUGCAGCGGCUCGCGGAAGACUACGAGUACUCGUCCGUCCUGGACGAGGCGGCGCGGUUCAACGACCCCGCGCAGCAGCUCGCCUACGUGGCCGCCUUCACCGUGUCCGCGUACGCCACCACCGCCUGCAGAACGAAUAAGCCCUUCAACCCGCUGCUCGGCGAGACGUACGAGUGCGACAGAAUGUCGGACCUCGGCUGGCGGUGUAUCUCAGAACAGGUGUCGCACCACCCGCCCAUGGUGGCGCAGCACUGCGAGGGCGUGGCGGGCUGGCAGUGCUGGCAGGAGUUCACCAUGACCACCAAGUUCCGCGGGAAGUACCUGCAGGUGGUGCCGCUCGGCGCCGCCUCCGCCUGCUUCCCCAGCCAGGGCAACAAGUACACCUGGAGGAAGGUGACGACAACAGUCCACAACAUAAUCGUAGGCAAGCUGUGGGUGGACAACCACGGCGACAUGGACAUCAUCGGCGAGGCGGGCGCGGCGGCCGGCUACGUGGCGCACCUCAAGUACCAGCCCUACGGGUACUUCAGCAAGGACACGCAGCGGAAGGUCACCGGCGUCAUCAAGGACCCCAACGGCGUGCCACGCUACGUACUACAAGGGCACUGGGACAGCCGGGUAGAAGUAGCGCCCGUGACGAGCGCGUCGCCCGACAACACGGUGUGCAAGACCGGCAAGUUCACCGUGGCCUGGCAGCGCGUCGACGCGCCGCCCGACGCCGACAAAUGGUACAACUUCACCCUGCUGGCGGCGCAGCUCAACGAGCCGGAGCCCGGCGUGGCGCCCACCGACUCGCGCCUGCGCCCCGACCAGCGCCUCAUGGAGGAGGGGCUCUGGGACGAGGCCAACGCGGAGAAGUUGCGGUUAGAAGAGAAGCAGCGCGGCAAGCGGCGCGAAAUGGAGGCGUUGGCCGAGACGGCGGCGGCGCGCGGCCUCCCCGCCCCCGACCCCCCGAGGCCGCUGUGGUUCACGCGCGAGGCCGCCGCGCCCGGCGAGGCCCACCUGCGCCAUCUCUACAACAACACCUACUGGGAGUGCAAGCAGAAGCAGGACUGGACCCGCUGCCCCGACAUCUUCUAGCCGGACCGCUAGCCCCUAACCAAACACCGAGACAGGCAGCGAUAUAAACACGGAUGAGGAGAUCGAACAAAUAUACUUUUCCGUUAUUAGGAUCUUAAAGAUCUCCUUGAACCCCUUGUCCGUGUGUAAUCUGCUGCCGAUGCUCCGGAUGUUCACGAGUUCAUAAAGUGUUUAGAACUUAAUCAACUUAAUCUUGGCGAAAAUAAAACUUAAUUUAAUUACAAUAUUUCUGUAUUUGUCUGCCGAGUUGGUUUGAUUACGAUUACGAAAAUAAUAUGAAUGCGUACAAAACUUGUAUGCGAAAAAAGAUUUAAUCAAGCGACUAUACGUAAUCGUAUGGACUCGUGAACGUGCGUAAGUUGUGUUUUACGGUAGCGACGGAAGCGGCCCGUCAUUGGUGGCCUCGGGCGGACCGAUCGCGAGACCGCGACGUUCCCCGCUCGUUGUCCCAAGUAUGAGCACGUACAGUUCUCUUAAAGCCCUGUAGCUCUGCCGACGCGCAGUUGGUGGUCGUCGAAUUUUAACUCCCUCCCUCUUCUUAAGCUUACUCGAUGAGAAGUGCCGAAGGGCGCCGUGUCGAUAUCCGCUUCGUUUCCGUGCGAAAUUCGUUUUUGCAUUUGUCGCCGAACGACGGGAAUAUUUUAAUAAAAAUAGAACUGUGUCGAUAUUGACGGUAUCUUAGCGUGUACGAUUAAAUAAAUAACUCACCGCGUGCGUUUCUUACAUAAAAUUUCGUCUCUCAUUCCAUAACACGAUUGUGGUUGUUUUUUAUUUAUUGUUAUGUGUCGAAAUUUUAAGUUGUUUUGAUUUCAAUCGAUGUGUAAAUACAUUAUUUAUAGACGUUGCGACUUACCUAAUAUCCGCAGACUGCUGAGGCCUAAUUAAUGUCUUUGUGUUUAUUCUUCGCCGCUUAUCUAGAAUCUAGAUUCAAAACGAUGACUCGCACUUUCGACGACGUUAAAAAAUAAAAGAUUCUGUUAAAAAAAAACCUUACACUGUUGAGUCUUUCCUUUAGAUAAGCGAUUUUAACUUUUGAUAUUUCGGCCGCCCUAACGAAAAGCAAAAUGAAUGAUCGAACUUUUUGAUUAUGUUUUUCGAUUGUAUGACAUCUGCAACCGAAUUUUAAAAUAAACUUAGAUGUUUUCAAUUAGUUUGUUUUUGGCCGGGGCGGCGUCCAGUGCCGUGCGGCCGUGCACCGCACGAGAUACACAACGAAGUCUUCACAUUAUAUUACGUGAUUUUAAGGAAAAAUUUUGCUCGACUAAUUCUUUAAAAACGCAAGUGCUUUCUAGUAUAAUGAAGUAAAUAUUGAUACAUUGUUUGCUUGUUAAUAUUCAUGAAGACUGGUGAUAAGAGUUUAAUAUAUUGUAAGAUCAGAUUUACACCUGCGUGGUUUUAAUGAAUGUUUUCAGUUUCUUGUCCCGUUUCAUUUUUUGGCGAUACCUUGUAAUUUGAUCUUAUUUAAUACAGUUAGCAUAAUAACAUGGUGACAGUCGCAUAGUAGAAGAGAAAACCUUCACCACUGCACUGGAUAAAUGUCAAUGUAGUGGGCAUUAAACCCAUCUCUUCGUCCCAAUAGGAAAAACUUGUCAAAACUUAAUGCCUUAUCAUAGAUGAAAUAGGCGAUAUCUAUGUAAAUGUUGAACGAACACGAGUUGAUAUCAAAGCAUACUCCAGUAUCGAUCUGACGUAGGUAAACUGUUGGAUGUGCUCUUGGUCUUGACGCCAUCGCGUGAUGGUCUAGGAUAUUUUGUAAGAUCUAUUACAAAUUGUACAUUGUCAAGUGGAUGUAAGAUAAUUUGUUAAUAUUUUUAUUAUAAUAGAAUGAUAUUUGAAUACAAAGCCAUAACAUCUGUAUCAUGUUGAAUAUAAAAUAAAUUAUAUAAUGUG